AUGGUGCAGCAAAGUAGAGAUGCCAGCUCGCAUCCCGAUGAACCACCAGCCAAACGGCGCACGCUCCAGAUCAAGCUAGGUCGUCCACGUCCAUCAUCUGACUUUUCACACCCCGAACAGCCGUCUCCAUCGCUCAAUCGCAGUCGGCCUGGCCAUUCGCACGCCAUUCGCAUAUCUCUCAAGCGCAAAUCGACCGUCUCAGAAUCGCAAGCUGCCCCAUCUCGAUUGGCUGCUUACCCCGCAGAAGAUCAGGAUGAGGACGACGACAGGGACGAGGAUGAGAAUGAGGAUGACGAUCAGGAUGUUGGUACAUUAAACGCUUCCGAGCAAGACGACGAUGACAGGGAACCAGACAAUGCCGAAGAUGACCAGCAGGAUGACGAUGGAGAAGAAGAGCAAGACGAAGAGGAAGAGGAUCAACAAGACGACCUUGAUGAGAAUCAAGAUGGCGAAGGUGACAACGUCGAUAGCGUAGCGCGCGGCAAUGCUGCAUCCAAUCCACGUACUCGCGGAUUGAAUGGCGCUUUCAGGAGCAUUUCUGCUGGUACCGCCAACCCUUCUCGCCGACCUAUCAAACGCCUCCGAUCAAAGGGUCUCUACGAAGCGCUGCCCAAGCUGAUCGAGAAUCUGCAGCGCCGCGAUAGCUACAAGUUCUUCUGCGAGCCUGUCAAUCCGGACGAGGUCCCUGGUUACUCGGACGUUAUCAAAUCGCCCAUGGACUUUGGUACCAUGCAACGCAAAGUCCAAGACCGACUGUACAGCCACAUGGACCAGGUCAAGGCUGACUUUCAGCUCGUCAUUUCCAACGCAAUGACAUUCAAUCCUGAAGGCACACUCUACUACAACGAAGCAAAACGCAUCGCUGCAUGGGGUAAUCGGGCGAUUGAGCGAGAAGGCAUGGCUGUCAAUGACAAUGGACGUGCAGGUCUCAAGGGCGAAGAGAUGAGGCGGCAAAGAAGACUGGAAAGAGAAGCAGCUACUGUUACUUCUGUCGGCGUUUUGGAAGGUCCGUCGUCUGUGGACGAUGGCCACAGUCGUAGGCCCCUUCGCGGCUCGACAGCCAAUCAGCAGCCGGCGCUGGACGAUGCGAGUCAGCAGCGAGUAGGCGACCAAAACGCAUCCGAAGAGCUGACAACACGUUCAGCUGCAAGGGGAUCACGCUUUGCCUUCAGCGCGGGUGUAGAGGCGUUGAUGGAAGCUGCGCGAGUCACUUCACAGGCAAGGCAACGUGCAGCCAUCGCACUGGGCUUGACAGGGGGUACUUUGACACGCGAAGACUCGGUACAGCCAGGCGCAGGUGUAAAGGCCGAGGGCAAUGCUGAUAUGGACAUCGACGAUGACGAGGACGAGAAUGUGUCGGACGAGGAAGGCGGCAUACGCGCCAAUGUCACCAGAGAGCGUUCGGUAACCGUGGAUUGUGCAGCAGGCGUCAAUGGCCGACAAUGUGGCUCAUCGCAGCCAUGCGGCACACCCUCGACACCUCUGGGACAACGGCAGGCCAGCCCGGGCGCGUUGAGGCGUCGGCUGGCAGCAGUGACAGGUACACCUGCUCAGGCUUUGGCUAGUCCUAUGGGAGCGUUGUCAGCUGUAGCAGGUGGAACGAGUAGGGCUUCUAAGCAUUCCAAGCACAGGAAACGUCUUAGUGCACCAGGAACCCCCAAGCGUUUGCUUGCACGAACGGGACUGACGGGCUCGGGCACACCUCUUGCCAGUGUAGCUUCUUCUUCUGGUGCGGCAACGGAUAGCGCCGGACUCACACUCGACCCAGCUGCGACUGCUGCCGCCGCAGCCCAGCUCAUUGCCGAUUUGUCACAAACCCAGAUUCAGACAACCGCAGCCAGCUACUCAUUCGAGGACAACGGCUCGAUUAAUCCAGAAGAUAUCGACGAUCUGCAGGCUUUCUUGACGCUCCAUCGUAGUGGCAAGCACAUACUGAUGCCGACAAUAGAGUCGCUUCAUCCAAUACCUUUUAUUCCUGGCGACUAUAUCACUAAUAGCGGCGCAGAAGGCAAAGCUAAAGACCAGGACAAAGAACAGGAGCGCUCAAAGGAGAAGGAAAAGGCAAAGGAUAAGGGUGCAACAGACGAUGGCGAUGACGAGGACGAGGACGGCAAAGGUGACACCAGGGAAAAGGGCGACAAAGAUCCGCUCUCGACACUUCCACCCUCGCGUCCUGGUGCGCCUGAUCCACUCUACUCUGCCAUUGCACCUGAGCCUGAGCCGCUACAGAGCAACCUCAGCCACGAUGUGGAGCCACUGCCACGACACUUUCGAAACUUGCCCUUCCACGCACCGAGCUUACCGACCAGGUCGCUGCAGGAUCAGGCAUCGUACGGCGUGCUUCACUCGUGGGACAAUCCAGCCUACGCUGAAGCUCUCAAGAAUGACAAGAGACCCAAAAAGCAAAAGGACAAGGAGCGCGAGAAGGAACGCGAGACGCUCGAAGACUGGAGUUACUUCCGACCCACUCUGACGCGUCUUCUCGAGAUCACCGAUCUCGGACCUUUUACUGCGUUAGUGCCGACAACCGAACAAGACCAAAGGUCGGAACCGGCGAAGAUGAUGGCGAAGGGCAAGACGGCAAGAGCUACCAAGGGCGCGCAAGCAGUGACCUCGCCCACACCGGCGUUCUCUACGACUCUACUGGGGGAGCAAGGCAUUCAGGCUAUCAAAACGGAGCUUGGACAAAGCGAGGAAGGUCUCAGGCAAGCACAGGGGAUCCUCAUGCGAUACAUUGGGGCCGCUAAAGCUGGUAUUGCAACGACACGAAACGGUAGCUGGACUCAGGCGGAGCAACAAGCAGCCAGCAGAUAUGUGUCAGAUACAGUGUAUGCUGGAGUUACCGGAAAUGCCUACGUCCGCAGCGUGGGCGAAUUUGUAGGUGGUGCGAUACACCACGCCAUGUUGCUGGAUGAGGCCGACGAUGCAGAAGAGCAGCAAAUUGCAGAAGCAGAGAAGAAGCUUUUGCUGGCAGCAGCGAUGCGCAAGGUGACAGAGACCGAAGCCACACCCGAGCCGAGCGCUGCUUCGCGGCGUGGACCGUUCAUGUGGCGUGAUACGACCGAGGAAGCAGCUGGCACAGCUACACCGUCGGUAGGUGGUGAGCCAGACACCUCUUGUGUUGCUCACACCACUGCUCUUGGCACUUGGAUGGCAGAAUUGGAAGAUUCAGUGGUCAAGCCGGUCAUAUCCGAGGUGCUUGAGGACCUGGAAAAGGGGGAAACAAAGCUGGCUCCGUUGCGCAAACCUCUAGCACAUGUGGUGGAGGAGGAAGUCAUCCGACCCAUCACUGGUCACACGCUCGAUGUUUUGCAUCUGGUGGCCGUGCUACUCGAGGCGCACGGCUUCGAAGAGCUUAAUGUAGAUGAAAUCGAGGCGCGUCUGCUGCGCAACAAGAUGAGGCGACAUGGAAUUAAUGGUGGCGAGGUGCAGUCGCAUGCAGCUCCUCGAGCACAAGCGGUGGCUGAGCCGGCCUCGGCUACCAAUACGUUCCUUGCGCCAUCGCAGCCACCCAUUCCUUUCCAGGCAGAGCUUGACUGGCUCCAGGGUCAACCAGACCUCUCGAAGCUCUUGGACGAAGCACGUUUGGAUGUUGACAGUCUAGGGUCUAUUGUCAACUAUAUCGUUCAGAGCGCGUAG